GUAUUGCCAUACGAUGAACAAGGAACAGUGGUUGAGAUUGGUUACACAGGAUUGCGUAACAUUGGCAACACGUGUUUCAUGAAUUCCACGCUGCAAAUGCUCGUAAACUGCAAAGAACUGCAGAUUUAUUUUGGCAAGGGUUACUACAAGAAAGAUAUCAAUAAAACCAAUCCGCUCGGUUUUAGUGGCCGUCUGGCGGAAGUAUUUGCUGAAUUCAUGAAUCAGAUGUGGAACGGAAUGAAUCGUGUUUAUGAGCCAACAAAAAUUAAAGAACUUGUUGCUGAGAAAGCAACACAAUUUGCAAAUUUCGCUCAGCACGAUGCACAUGAAUUUCUGAGUUUUGUACUGGAUGGGCUUCAUGAGGAUUUGAAUCGUAUACGCGCCAAGCCAACCACAAACACUACUGAAGCGGAAGGUCGACCGGAUAUUGAGAUAUCGAUAACUUUUGAUCCAUUCGUUUAUCUUGCUGUCCCGUUCCCGAAAGAAAAACGCUCUUCAACGGUGUACUUUUGGCCUUUGGACCCGUGUUUGAAACCGGUUAAGAUUACGGUUCGCUACAAUGCAGAUGGUAAAGUCGUGGAGGUUCUGGACGCAUUAUCACGGCUAGUCAAUGUUAAUCCAAGAGCCCGUCUUCUGUUUCGCAAAUCGAUCAAACGAGCUUGUGCAAAUUGCCUUAGCACAGAUGUGAAACUGAAAGCCUGCGAACGUAAGCUUGGACAGGUAGUAGUGGAGCCAUAUCUUAUCAUAUACUCGUUUUAUCGAAAAGUGGAGCUGAGGGAUUAUUCCAGCCAACAUGGAUUAUUUGGCGCUAAAAUUUGCCGCACUUUUGGUGAUUUCAAGCCUCUGCUAGUUGAAUGUCAGCUGCAGCACUGGCAGGACGAGCAUCGGUUGCGCUGCAAAACACGAACUCAGGCGGAUGUUGUCGGACAACCGUUCAUAAUUUCGUUACCGAAAAAGCGUGCAACGUACUCCAACGUAAUGCGAAACCUCGAAAGCCGCUGCAAGCAUUCGGUGAAUGUUUUCCAGCCACCGGUUGAAAACAAUGAUCUGAACGGUGACACACUGGAAUCUGUUCGUGAAGGACUCCCAGAACUUGUUCCGCCGGAUUUUUCAUCCAGUUUCAGUAGUAAUACGGAUGAUUCACCGGCAAGUGUUCUUUUUGAACUAUUUUCGGAGCUGUUAGGCAAAAUUCAUUGA